AUGUGGAAUAAUAUUACUGGGAUAUCCAACAGUGAUGAUGAUUCAUGGGAAGUUCGGGCAUUUGCAGAAGAUACUAAUAUGGGCACAACGUGGCCUCCUCGGUCUUACACUUGUACGUUUUGCCGUCGUGAAUUUAGGUCGGCCCAAGCACUCGGAGGUCAUAUGAACGUACACCGUCGUGACCGUGCAAGACUUAGGCAAUCUCCGCCGCGAACUAUCUCACCAUCUUAUCCAUGUUCAGUUACUACUACAUCAGCAGCAGCAGUAUCAACUCUUAUAUUUCCAACUGAAACAUUUCUCGCCGCUGCCAACAACGGUGGUUUGUGUGUUUUCUAUCCUUUAUCAUUAGCAAGUAAUGAUAAUAAUAUUAGUCAUAGCAGUACUACUGCUGUUGAUAUAUUUAAAGCAACAUUCGUUAAUGGAUGUAGUAGUAGUACUGCUGAGAUUUCUCCUUCUCCUUUACUAUCAGUGUCAAAUUAUCCUACACAAGAUACUUUUAUAUCACCGACAACAUCAGCAACUUCGUCUAUUUGUCCACCCACAAUUAGUUUUCCUAGGGUUACAGACCAAAUUGGAGAGUCUUUGACAUUGAUUAACAGUCAUGAAAAUGAAGAUGGUGACAACAAUGACGACUACAAGAAUAAGAACUCCAAAUAUCAUCAGAUAAAGUGCAACCACAACAAUGAUAACAUGGAAUUUGUUGAAGAAUUGGAUCUAGAACUUCGACUUGGAUCGUCGAGGUGUAAUAUUCGGCAUUAAAAUGGAAAUCUGGAAAGGAAGAAGCCAUGGCUGCAAAAGGAAAGAGAAAAAGGAAGCUAGGUCCUAGCUAGGUGUUAGAUCUAGAGUACUGUGGUUAACAAUUAGGUUUGAUCAGAAACCAACAGCUGGGUUUGCAGUGCAGUGUCAUUUUCUAUUAUUCACACUUCUCUGAUGAUGGAUAUUGCAACAUUUAAAGCCGAAUGAUAGGUAAUUACUCCGUAUGUAUCCAGAUGCCCUACAACAUAUGACCGAUCAGCAGUUCAUGUUCAUUCAGUGGU